AUGGUUUCAAUCACCACCCUCGGGAAGCGGCCCAUGAAGCGCGCACGAAGCGAUUCGGACACAUCUGGCACCGGCCCGCCGACCAAACGCCAGCGCUCUCAAUCUCCCGAUAGCGAGGCAGAAAAAAGUGAUCUUUUAUUUGACUCGGAGGGACGUGCCAAGAACAAAAGUGACGUGUACGACCCAGUUGUCGACGAGAACGAAACUUUAGACAGGUUGUUAGCUGAUAUAAGAGCUGUCCACGAAGACCAAGCUGCUCUGGCAGCGGAAAACGACGGCCGCGCAUGUGCCUCGUGUGAUGCUGUGGAAGAACAAUCUCCAUCCCAACGCAGUCCGAGCCAAGACGCAAGUGAGAGCGACGUGGUCACUUUCAUUGACCCCGGUCUGACAGAGCCCGCCGCAACGGAGUCGGAAUAUGGUGAUGAGAAUGUGGCCCCUGUUCCUUCCACUCCUCCCAAUGUUGGACGUUACUAUUUCGAAUCGCCUGCGAAUUUCAUUGCCCCGUUUUCCGAGCCCGUUGAUCCCGCUAAGAUUCAAGCUCGUGAGGAAUCCUGGGCACGGUGCCGUCAACUGACGUUCCUUCUUGCCCGGGAGGUUAAUAUUGCCCCAGCCGCUCCCGACGCCACGACUACUAAUCAGCCGCUCGCGUCGCCAUUCAAGCUCGACGACCAGUAUCAGUCCAUCAGAGCAUUCCUUGACGAUGAAGCGGAAUCCAAGGAAAAUGACGAGGAGUCCAAAUCCGAUACGUCGGGCAUUGGGAUCUUACAGCCUCUUGAGUCCGAGGACGAAAUUGUCAACGGUCGUGACUCUGUCGUCGAUUUUCAAAUCUUCAUCGACGCCGACGCGAAAUCCAACAUCUCGGACAGCAACGCUUCGGAUAAUGUCUCUGGCGAUGACAAAGUCAAGAUACUCGAGACAAGACAGAAUGUCGCUGAGGAUCUUGGCGAUGCUGAUGAUAAGGAACCUUCCUCCUACGUCAUGAUUCGUCCGGAGGCACGCAGUCCAUCCCCAGGAAGCGAAGACGGCCUUUUGAUGCAUCGCCACAUCUUGAGCCCGAUUCCUGUGUCGCUGCUUCACAAGGCUUCGGAUGAUGCGUCUGACGCUUGA